GGCCUCGCCGUUUCGCAUCGCUUGCUGUGGGCCUCGACUGCACCCCUCGGCUGCCAGCAGUUCCCUGCAAUAACCAUGCGGCCCGCAGGCCUGCUGCAUCGAGCUGCAGGCCUCCCAUCUGCAGGCCUAGCCACGCAACGAAGGCCGCGGUAUGGUUCGACGGUCAGGGCGCAGGCAGCCAGCGCGACGGUAGUGCCGGGGCGGUGGCUAGGCCCGCUGACGGGCGUGGCGGAACAGCAGCAGCAGCAGGAGGAGGGCCCUCCUGUGUAUGGCGUGGAGCUCACAUCAGACCAGUGGGACCCGCUGGGCCUGCACCAGACCGUGCUCAAGGCAGAGACGCGCGGGCGAGGCCAGGCGCUGAGCAGCGUGUCGGGCGAUCAGGAGGGCGCCACCUUUGGCGACUUCAUCGGCGGCGACCUGCCCAAGAAGCUGGCGCUGCUGCUGGGCCUGAUUGUGUUCAGCCGGCUGGGUGUGUACCUGCGGCUGCCGGGCGUGGAUGUGGAUGCGUUCAGCGAGGCCAUGGCGGGGUCCGGCAUCAUGGGAUACAUCGACACGCUGAGCGGCGGCUCCAUCUCCAAGGUGGGCGUUUUCUCUCUGGGCAUCGUGCCCUACAUCAACGCCUCCAUCCUGUUCCAGCUCCUGGCCACCGCGUUCCCCAGCCUGAAGAAGCUGCAGCGGGAGGAGGGACCGCAGGGGCGCGCCCGCUUCCAGCAGUACCAGAAGCUGGCGGCGCUGGCCUUUGCCGUGGCCCAGGCCGCCGGCCAGCUCACAUACCUGCGCCCGUACGUCGCCGACUUCUCCGCCGGCUGGCUGGCCGAGAAUGUGGUGCUGCUGACGGCGGGCGCCAUGAUCCUGGUCUACGUGGCCGACACCAUCACCGAGCUCAAGCUGGGCAACGGCACCUCCAUCCUCAUCUUUGCCAACAUCGCCUCGGCGCUGCCCACCAGCGUGGGCGCCGCGCUGACGCAGGCGGCCGACAAGGACACCUCCGUGCUGGGCGUGUACGCGCUGUCCUGGUUCCUCACCACCCUGGGCAUCGUGUACGUGCAAGACGCGGAGCGGCAGAUCCCCAUCACCUACGCCUCGCGCUACCGCGCCGGCGCGCUGCAGCAGCAGGCCUACCUGCCCUUCAAGGUCAACGCCACUGGCGUGAUGCCCGUCAUCUUCUCCUCCUCCCUGCUGGCCCUGCCCUCCUCCCUGGCCCGCUACGCAAACGUGCCCGCCCUCGAGUCGGCGGCGGUGGCGCUGUCCCCCUCCGGCGCCCUCUACCUGCCCGCCAACGUGGCGCUCAUCGUGGCCUUCAACUACCUCUAUACCUUCCUCCAGCUGGACCCCAAGGACCUCAGCGAGCAGCUCAAGCGCCAGGGCGCCUCCAUCCCGGGCGUGCGCCCCGGCCGCGCCACCGCCGAGUUCAUCACCAAGACGCUCGACCGCAUGUCGGUGCUGGGCUCGGUGUUCCUGGGCGCGCUGGCGGCGGCGCCUGCGCUGGUGGAGAGCGUGACGGGGCUGCAGGCGUUCCGCGGGUUUGCGGGCACCUCUGUGCUGAUUCUGGUGGGCGUGGCCACAGACACGGCACGCCGCUUCCGCUCAGAGCUGGCCAUGUCCAAGUACAAGGACAUCGACCGCCUCUACGACGACCUGCGCUGAGCUGGCGUGGCGGGCCAGCACGAGCACGAGGAGCAGCCUGGGCUCACGCCGGAGACUGUGUGUGCAGCGGCGCAUGUGGCAGCCGGAGGCAGUACCAACCGCUUUGCACCGUGCCUGAUGCAUGCAUGGAUGCGAUAGCCAUGACUCCUGCAGCUGCGUCCUCACUGGCC